AUGAAAACAGGACCGAAGAAAUGGCAUGAAAAGUUUCCCUUAGCCAAUGGAAUUCGACAGUCUCCUGUUAACAUUAUCACAUCAAACACUAAAACUAGCAAUGACCUGUCGAUGAAUCCAUUAAGAUGGACUUACGUUCCUGAAAAUACAAAGUGCCUUGUUAAUCCUGGAUAUUGCUGGCGUGUUGAUGUCAAUGGCAAAGGAUCAGAACUUACUGGCGGACCGUUGAAUAACGACAUUUACUUAGUUGAACAAUUUCACUGCCAUUGGGGAUGCAGCGAUGGUCGAGGAUCCGAACAUACAGUCGAUGGGCAAGCUUUCUCUGGAGAGUUACACAUCGUUCACUGGAAUUCAUCAAAAUAUAAAUCAUUUCAAGAAGCUGCCGGUCACCCUGAUGGCUUAGCAGUUCUAGGUGUCUUUAUGAAGGUCGGUGAACGACAUGAAGAAUUGGAUCAAAUCGCAAGGUUAAUGCCAUUCAUCUCACAUAAAGGAGAUCGGGUGACAAUAAAGUCAUUGGACCCAGCUAAACUUUUGCCGAAAAACAGAGCCUAUUGGACUUACGAAGGAUCACUAACAACCCCACCGUUCAAUGAGUCAGUCACAUGGAUUUUGUUCAAAGAACCAAUGGAAGUAUCAGCUGAACAACUGAACCUUUUCCGAGAGUUAAGAGUCUAUGAUGUUAAUGAAGAAUGUCCAUGUGAUGAAAGAAACUGGCUUGUAUAUGAUGAAGUUGAAGAACAAGGAGAAAAAGUUGGAAAAAUUAUCAACAACUUCCGACCACCACUUGACAUUGGUAACAGAGAACUUCGAGAAGUUGGUGGACAUUAAACGAAUCACAAUUUCUGUGCCUUCUUGCAAACUUAUUUUUAAUGUGCUUUGAUAGAUUUUCACACUCUAACGCACUUUAUGAAAUACUUAGAAGGAAAAUAGAUUUCUAAUAUCAAACUAUGCGAAUCAAUGUUUUCAAUUAAUUAUGAAGACUUAAACAAACACAAAAGUAGAUAUUUAUCUUUCACGAGCUUUUAAUAUAUUUUAUUGCUUACAAAAAAAUAAUAUUUAAUGACGUUUGACAUCAUCAUAUCACAUUGCAUGUAAUGAUAUCAAGAUAAGUUACAAGAAAUAAAAUAAAAAUAUUCUACUGAAUGAAA